AUGGAAGUGUACGAGGGGAUAGGUGCAGGUUACGUCUAUUUUGCAAGUAGAGAGGGUUGUCGUGGCAGGUCUCCUGCAUUACAAAGAAUGGACUCGGGAGAAAGUGCUUUGCAAAAUUAUAGUCGAAUUGAGAAAAUUGGAGAAGGAACAUAUGGAGUUGUUUACAAAGGUAUUGAUAAACGAUCGGGAAAGUUGGUUGCAAUGAAAAAAAUUCGUCUGGAAAAUGAAGAUGAAGGUGUACCAGCAACAGCAAUUCGAGAAAUUUCACUACUUCGAGAAUUAACACAUCCAAAUAUCGUUGCUCUUGAAGAAAUUAUACUUGAAGAGAAUCGAUUGUACCUAAUUUUUGAAUUUCUAUAUAUGGAUUUGAAGAAAUAUAUUGAUACAGUUCCUGACUGUGAGUUGAUGAGCAAAGAACAGCAAAAAUCUUACUUGUAUCAAAUAUUGCAAGCUAUUUGUUUUUGCCACCAGAGGCGUGUUCUUCAUCGUGAUUUGAAACCACAAAAUUUAUUGGUAGACCAAAAUGGUGCAAUCAAGCUUGCCGAUUUUGGUCUAGCAAGAGCUAUUGGUAUUCCAAUAAGGGCUUAUACUCAUGAAAUUGUCACUCUCUGGUAUCGAGCUCCUGAAGUACUUCUUGGCGCAACUCGCUAUUCGAUGGGAGUUGAUAUAUGGAGCAUUGGAUGUAUUGCUGCUGAAAUGGCUACAAAAGUACCACUGUUUCAGGGUGACUCGGAAAUUGAUCAAAUUUUUCGCAUUUUUCGAAUAAUGUCGACCCCCACUGAAGAAAUGUGGCACGGAGUUACCCAGCUUCCAGAUUUCAAGAUGUCAUUCCCUCAGUGGAAAGAAGAUGGUCUCGGCAAAAUUCUUGAACCUUACAUGGACCCCGAAGGAAUUCAAAUUUUACGCAACAUGCUUACUUACGAUCCAGCGCAGCGAAUCUCUGCGAAACAACUGCUGAAGAAUCCAUACUUUGAUGAUGUUGAUCGGAAAAAACUUCCAGCUGGCAAUUAUGAUGGAACGUUGGCGGACACAGAAGGUGAUCUUUCCCCUCCGCUCAUGGUUCUUGAUACGUAUCGCAGUUUCGGUUUGGUUUUCAAAGCAGCUGACAUUCGAACCGGGAAGCUUGUUGCCUUGAAAUGUCUUUGUUUUGACAGAACUGCCCACGGGCUUGAACCUAAUGUUGUACGCGAAAUAUCAAUUAUGAGAGAAUUGGAUCAUCCAAAUAUUGUACGGUUGGAAGAAGUAAUUUUUGAUGAAACAAAUGUACACUUAGCUUUUGAAUAUUUAUAUAUCGAUUUGUGGAAAUAUUUGAAGCAGCUACCCAAAAAUAUCUUCAUGGAACGAUGGCUUCAGAAAUCAUUUCAAUAUCAAAUCCUUCAAGGAAUGUGCUAUUGUCAUCAGCGAGCCAUUCUGCAUCGUGAUAUGAAACCAUCAAAUCUCUUACUCAAUACUUAUGGUGCUAUUAAAAUUGCUGAUUUUGGUUUAGCGAGGGAGUUCACUAUACCAAUACGUGCUUAUACAAACCAAGUAGUAACGCAAGCCUAUAGAGCACCUGAAAUACUUCUUGGAGCGCUUAGAUACACUACAGCAGUCGAUAUGUGGAGUAUUGGAUGUAUAUUUGCUCAGAUGGCCACGAAAGAUGUUCUCUUUCCUGGGACAUCAUCAAUAGACCAGCUAAGAGAAAUAUUUUCAAGACUGAAAACGCCUACAGAAGAGAUCUGGAAAGGAGUAUCGGAACUACCAUAUUAUUCGCAUAUUAUAUUUCCUCGUUUCGAACAUGAUCAUCUUGAUAAUUUGCUCAGCGCUUACCUGGAUCCCAUCGGUAUCGCCAUAAUUCGACUCUUACUUACAUACGAUCCAGCCAAGCGUGCAUCAGCCAAACAACUUCUCAAACAUCCCUAUUAUUCUGACGUGGAUCGUUCGAAGUUACCAGCUCCUGACUAUGAUGGGACAUUACAAAUGCCAUCCAGACCUCGGUUUGCACAUUUUGAUGAAGACGACUAG